GCUCACCAACAAUCAUCAUUGUAGCUUAGAAGCAUAUUUUGCAUUUUCUCCUUCAGCAUUUCUCUUUGGUGCAACUCUCUUAGUUCUCCUAAUCAAGCAUGUCGGCCUAUCUGCCUCCACAUACUGGCCUCUUGCCGAAAUGGCUUCUGCUGAUCUCGGUCGUAUCCGUCGCUAAUAGUGUCCAAACCUAUCUUACACUCAAUUACACACAAAAGGUCUACGAAGGAUCGCCAAAAACUGGCUCAAAAAGUCCAGUGACGCCGCUUUCUGCUCGUACGUUUGGUACAUGGACGUUCCUUUCUAGCAUCAUCCGUCUGUGGGCGGCAUAUAACAUAGACAAUCCCCAAGUCUAUCAACUCGCCUUGUGGACCUUCGGAGUGGCUCUCGGUCAUUUUAGCAGUGAGUGGCUUGUCUACGGUACUGCGAAAUGGGGCAAGGGUCUCGCAGGACCCGCAUUUGUUAGCACUGGCACCUUGCUCUGGAUGGUUUCUCAGUGGAGCUAUUAUGUGCAGUAGUAAAUUUAUUGGAGAGGAGAAUAAAACUCAAAUAGGCCUGCAGAUCAGUCCGUUCAAGCAACCAGACAAACCAUAGUCAUUCAAUUAAAUGUUACCUGCGCUAUCUUCUAACCUCUGACACCAACAUCAACUAUGGACGACAUCUCAAUCAUAUAAAGGCCAGACCCUGCUCUAGUACAAUCCAGACCGCUCUCAUUCUCUCGUUUCACUCCAGCUUUGAUCUGUAAAGCGCACCACCUGCGUUGCGUAACCUUGCAGCUGCUUGUUCGGGUGUGAUGUCGCGCUGGGGUUCGGC